AUGACAUCAUUCCAAGAACAUGAAAUGGACCCAGAUGAUGAAGGUGGCACUUCUGAUCUUAGCACGAGCGCUGGUGACCCAGAAGACAAUAGGAACAACAACAGCAGCAGCAAUAAUGGGUGCUUAAAGAUAUCAACAAUUGAUGAAACAGAAGCGCUUCAAGUCAUGCCCUUGAAGGAAGAGCCAAUUGACUCCGACCCGUCUUCUAGGCCGGACCAAGCAACCCACCCAAAGGGUGUAGUCCCGCUAGCUAGGCAGAUGCAGAUGCAGAUGCCAAUGUCAAUUCCAAUGCCUGUGCCGGUCACUACAACAGCAACAACGAGACGCUCAUCCACCAAAGACCGCCACACAAAAGUGGAGGGCCGUGGCCGUAGAAUCCGAAUACCCGCCACUUGUGCUGCCCGGAUCUUCCAAUUGACCCGAGAAUUAGGCCAUAAAUCAGACGGUGAAACCGUUAGAUGGCUGCUUGAACAUGCUGAACAAGCUAUCAUUGAAGCUACCGGCACCGGCACGGUCCCUGCUAUUGCUGUCUCCGUUGAUGGGACUCUCAAAAUCCCUACGGCAUUCUCUAGCAACAGUGAGUCACUAACUGAAACACCAAAGAAACGGAAGCGCCCUUCGAAUUCGGAGUUUUGUGAUAUUAGUGAAGCAGCAGCCGUUUCGAUUUCUCAGACAUCUGGUUUAGCCCCGGUAACGCCCACAGCACCAACUGCUGCAACCGCGACACCACAGGGACUGGUACCUGUUUUAGCUGUGGGAAAUACUGGCAUGAUGGUGCCAGCAAAUGCUUUUUGGAUGAUUCCACAAGCUGCGGCUGCAGGCACUCCUACCACAGCUCCAGCGUUUGCUGCUGCUGCUGCUGUCCCAGCAAAUCAACAAAUAUGGGCCUUGUCACCGUCGCUAACUCCUGUGUUUAACGUUGCAGCCGGGAGGCCCAUAUCACCAUUUGUGGCAUCAACAAAUGGUGGGAAUCAAACAGGUGUAAAUAUAGCAGCAGCAAGUGUUGUGAAUAUACCUAGUGGGGUUGAAUUUAGGGCACCUUCAUCGGUGGUUACUAGCACAUCGGUUGGGGCUAAAGUGGCCAAGAAAUCGACCAUGGCUCCAAGUGUGAGUUCCAGUAGUGGUAGUGGUGGUGGCAGUGGUAAAAAUAAUGGAGGAAAGGCGCAAAUGUUGAGGGAUUUUUCUUUAGAGAUUUAUGAUAAGCAGGAGUUGCAGUUGAUGGGGCAUCCUGGGAGUAAUCAACAACAAUGA